AUGUCUACACCUGACGAUGGCUUGGAUGGUCCACAGCGGCCAUGGCCCUCACAACCUAGUGGGCGGCGUCAGAUCAAGCGGUCACUGACAGAGCUCGCGUCGCCCGGGAAGCUUCAUCGUCGCCCACAUCUGUACCGUCAACAAGGGAGCCAAUCCGAGGAAAAAGAUAGGCCCCCACUGUCGCCGGCUAUUCUUGCGGCGCAAGGUCGGCAUUCUCUUGAUAUACCACCCUCGACGACGACAACGACCCCGUUUAUGAGCCCGAAUCCGAGUCGACGUGCCAGCAUAUUGGGGCCGAGGGGGGAAAGGAAUGGGGAAUCGAGGGAGAAGCGGGAGAAGAUGGGAAUCAAGACGCAGCUGGCACAGGAGAAGGCCUCGAUACGAACUGAGGGUUUGAAGCAGUCGCUGAUGGACCUCAACUCUUUCUCGACCACCAUGACAAAGCGCCUAGACGAUACAUACUACUCGGUCCUGGAGAAAAUGAGCACCCUUCAAAACACGGUAUUUGCUCUGAAAGAUUUGGCCGGAAACUGCCACGACCUGUGCGAAUCGUUCGACAAGGACGCGAGAGAUUUGGAAAGCCAUAUUAUUCGUCAACUAAGUGCUGCUGGCCAGUUUGAAGAGCAGCAACGGAGAAUCUUGUCGCUCCAGAAACGCAUACACAGGGGCCGUGACCAGAUACAAACCCUCGCCUCCAGGGUUGACGUGGUCCAGACGAGAGUUGAGAGGUGGGAACAAGCCGACAGGCGAUGGCAGGAAAAGACGCGCAAGAAACUCAAGAUUAUAUGGUCCGCUACUACAGUUCUGGCUCUGGUCAUGAUUGCCUUCGUAGUCGGCAUGAAGUACGCGAAUGUGGAGGGGCAAGGUGGAAUGCGGUGGAAUGCGAGCAUGAGCCCAAACGUACCUCCGUGGUUGACUACGUUGAGUUCUCACCAGAGCGAGAGCACAGAAGAGUCUGGGAGGAGGUUGCUUUGGAAAGCGCCCCUCGGGGAUGACGCGAGGUUGCGAGCGUUUGAUGAAUUGUGA